AUGCUACAUCUUGAGCUCUUUGGUCUAUUCGGUCUGAUUACCCCCCACCCUACGCAUCGUCCUCCGCCGCUAUUGACUGCCAUGUCCUGCUCCAUUGGCGUUCAACCAACCUCAACAUCAAUCUAUGACCCCUGGGGCGCCAGCCUCAGCCUUUGGCAUGCCGAUGGCCAAAUAGAAGGUCUCGAGUCGAUACCACCGACUUUUUCGACAUGGGAUUUUCCACUCGGCCAGGACUUGUACAAUCCUGGUUUGCCAUUGAACACAUUUCAUGGUCCUGAAAGAUCACCUAAAAAUGACAUCGGUCAACAAUUGUCCGAAAGCCUAAGCACACAGCCUGUCCCGAGUAAUGGUCAACUUAAGAAUCGAAAAAGCCGUGGUGCAAAGCCCGCAAAAACAGGUAUUCAGAAGACUUCAUCACGGGAGAGAUUUUUGGAACGAAACCGGCAAGCAGCCAGUCGAUGUCGACAGAAGAGGAAAGAGCACACGCAAGUGCUCGAGGAACGGUUCAAGGAACAGUCAACCAAGCAUCAGCAGCUCCAGUCUGAAUUCCGCUGCCUCCGCAUGGAGAUCCUUGGUCUGAAAAACGAAGUGUUGAAGCACGCGCACUGUACAGAUAACCAUAUUUCCGAGUAUCUCGCGCAAAUGCUGGAAACGGUACACGAGUACGGACAGCAAGACAGGACGUCUAGCAUUGGUGGUUCCUCCGAACUCGAGUCAACCGAAUCGCUGGAUGACUGUUUAGCUCAAGGUGAUCUGGAUGGUUUGCUUGUUCCAGAAUAA